CUUAAGUUUGUAAAUCAUUACUUCUCAUUACUUUAAAAUGUUUGCAUUUACUGCAAGGGUAUUCUUUUAAUAAUAAUUUAACUGAAUGGAUCAUGAUUUAAUAGUAACGAUAGUGGAGGUUAUGUUUUUAUACCUUGCGCUUGUAAAUUAAUUUUAGUAAAACUCAUUGGUUAUUGUUCUGUUGUGAAACCUAUAAUUUAAUGUUUAAGAUUUAAGACACUGAUGUAUAAUUUUAUGUUAAUAUUAAUAAUACUCGAAUAAUACAAUUGCUGCCCCUUAUAGAUCGUAACCUAAAAAUAUAAUAUACACAAUUACAAACGUAAUAAAUGUCUGUUCUUCGAUUAACUUCUUUAAGAAAAGCUACAUUUUAUUUUAUUAAACAACAUAGAAAAAAUAUUCCAAUAUCUUGUAGGGCACUUUCAAAAACUGUAAGUGAAACAGAAGAUGAAGAUAAACCAAUUAAGUUUACAGAAAGUCCUGCUAGCAAGUGGAAAGCGGCAACAUCCAGGUCAGGAAUUAAAGAUGAUAGAUUAUGGUACGAACCGUAUGUAGUAUUAGCAAGUGUAGCAGUAUUUAUGGUUUACUUCUGUAUAUUAAGAGAAGAAAAUGAUAUUGAUAAUGAAUUAUCAAGAUCACUUUAUAAUAGAAUUGAAGGAUUAGAAGAACACCAAUUAAUACAAUCAUUGCAUUAUAACGAACAACAUGGACUCCCCACACAAGAUAUUUUGAAAAGAUUGGAAGAAAUUAGAGAAGGAAAUUGAUAUAACUAAGUCUAUUUGCACUGUAAAUAUCUGAAUUGAUUUCAAUUUUAUUAUUAUGAAUGGUUUUAUGUAGUAUUUGGUAAUAAAUAUUUAAUUUAAAUAAAGAAGACAU